AUGGCGGCGAGACUAUCUCUCAAUGCUCGCAGUAGGCUUCUGCGAACACCUACUUUAUCUUCGACUCGUCUGUUAGUCCCGAUUCCGCGAUCAACCACAUUCCCCCGCGCCUCCAAUUUUCUUCGAUCAACGGUUAAUACCACCCCCAUAACUGUUCGUCACUAUGCCAAGGGCCGCCCACACCCUCCAGGUGGUACACACACUAUGGACAUGAGCGGAGAACCCGAGAAAUCGGCACUUGAACAGUACGGUGUGGACCUUACGGACAGGGCGAAAGCUGGGAAGCUGGACCCGGUUAUUGGACGAGAUGGUGAGAUCCACCGAACUAUUCAGAUCUUAUCUCGACGGACCAAGAACAAUCCGGUAUUGAUUGGUGCUGCCGGAACGGGUAAAACCGCAGUUCUCGAAGGCUUGGCCCAGCGCAUUGUUCAAGGAGAUGUUCCCGAGAGCAUUAAAAACAAACGUGUCGUAUCAUUGGAUCUUGGUGCCCUGAUUGCAGGUGCCAAGUUUCGCGGUGAUUUCGAGGAGCGCCUGAAAAAGGUGCUGAAGGAAGUGGAGGAUGCGCAAGGUGGAGUGAUCCUUUUCAUUGACGAGCUCCACACUCUGUUAGGACUGGGUAAGGCUGAGGGCAGUAUCGAUGCCAGCAAUCUGCUCAAGCCUGCUUUGUCACGAGGCGAACUUCAGUGUUGUGGAGCCACCACCCUUAACGAAUAUCGCUUAAUUGAAAAGGAUGUGGCUCUUGCCCGACGGUUCCAACCCAUUCUUGUGAAUGAGCCGUCCGUAGCCUCAACCAUCUCGAUCCUACGUGGUAUCAAAAACAAAUACGAAGUGCAUCAUGGUGUCAGAAUUACCGAUGGUGCCCUAGUAGCUGCAGCUACAUACAGCAACCGUUAUAUCACCGAUCGCUUCCUACCUGACAAAGCAAUUGAUCUUGUUGAUGAAGCCGCCUCGGCUCUUCGCUUGCAGCAAGAGUCGAAGCCCGACUCAAUUCGGGAAUUGGAGCGUGAUAUAACCACCAUUCAGAUUGAGCUCGAGUCUCUCCGUAAAGAAACAGAUGUUGCCAGCAGAGAACGACGAGAGAAACUCCAAGAAGACCUGAAAACAAAGAAAGCGCAUGUCGAGGAACUGACGGAGGCAUGGGAGAAGGAAAAGGCCGAGAUCGACGCGAUUAAAGGUACCAAGGAAGAGUUGGAACGUGCCCGAUUUGAACUUGAUAAAGCCCAACGUGAAGGAGACUUUGCCAAGGCUGGCCAGCUUCGAUUCGCUACCAUUCCGGAGCUCGAAGCCAAACUUCCGAAAGAAGGUGCCGAACAAGAUCCUGAAAAUCAGACGUUGAUUCACGAUUCUGUCACAGCAGACGACAUUGGCAACGUCGUUUCUCGAACCACGGGCAUCCCAGUCAACAAACUUAUGGCGGGUGAUGUGGAAAAGCUGAUUCAUAUGGAAGACACUCUUCGAAAAUCUGUCCGUGGACAAGAUGAGGCCCUGUCUGCCGUUGCAAACGCCGUGCGUAUGCAAAGGGCAGGUCUCAGCGGAGAGAACCGCCCUCUGGCUUCUUUCAUGUUUCUUGGUCCUACAGGUGUUGGAAAGACUGAGCUUUGCAAGAAGAUGGCCGAGUUCCUUUUCUCCACCGAAAGUGCAGUCGUUCGGUUUGACAUGAGCGAGUUUCAAGAGAAGCACACAAUCAGUCGUCUGAUUGGUUCACCUGCUGGAUAUGUUGGAUAUGACGACGCUGGUCAACUUACCGAAGCCGUUCGACGAAAGCCUUACGCUGUUCUCUUGUUUGAUGAAUUCGAGAAGGCGCACCGGGACAUCUCAGCGCUGCUGCUCCAGGUCCUCGAUGAAGGCUUCUUGACAGAUUCCCAGGGGCAUAAGGUUGACUUCAGAAACACCUUGAUUGUGUUGACUUCGAACCUUGGUGCUAGCAUCUUGGUCGGAGCCGACCCCUUGUACUCCAUCAAGGACACUGAUGAUUCCGAGCUUUCGCCCAAGAUCAAAUCGGCCGUUAUGGAUGUAGUUCAAGGCGCAUACCCCCCUGAGUUUAUGAACCGAAUCGAUGAGUUCAUCAUUUUCAAGCGCCUGUCGAAGGAUGCCCUUCGGGACAUUGUCGACAUUAGAAUCAAGGAGCUGCAAGCGAGACUUGACGACCGUCGUAUGACUAUUCAGGUCGACGAUGAAAUCAAAGACUGGCUGUGCGAGAAGGGCUAUGACCCGAGAUUCGGUGCUCGGCCUUUGAACCGUCUUAUCUCCAAGGAGAUCGGAAAUCGCCUGGCUGAUAAGAUCAUUCGCGGUGAAAUUGUGUCUGGCCAGACUGCUCGGGUUUCUCUAGAUGAAGCUAAGACCGGACUGGUUGUGACCCCCCAAGCGUAA